AACCGCCGGUCCAAUUCAUAGACCAGAAGAGACGAGGAAGCAUAUUCGUGGAAAAUGAAAAGUGUGCAGCAACUGACCCCAUUUCAACAUGUCGGAAUCUUUGGACGCUGGCGCUUUACUCUCUUCAUCCUCGCCGCUUGAUCCAAUGGAUGAGGGAGUGAUUGAUGAUAAGGAAUUCGACAUUCCCCAAGUAGACACACCUCCCACCUUGGAGAGCAUCCUCAAUGAGCUGGAGGAUGAGGAGGAGCCAUUUGUGCUGGAAGAUACGUGUGUGCUGAAUACUGAAAAUAUUGAUGCUCAUUCCUGCGAUACUGCUUCUCUUGCCAGCUCUGACAGUGGGGACCCGGCUCACUUCAAACGGAAGAAGAAGGCAGGGGAAUGGAAAGCGGCCAUUCAUGGAUCGGUUCUACGACACAGCGUACUUCAGGGCAUUUCUGCGCAGAUCGUCUCCGCUGCGGACAAGGUUGAUGCUGGGUUACCAACUGCGAUAACGCUUGCCGGCGUGAUUGUGGUGGGAACAUCUCACGGUCUGGCUUUGGUCUUUGAUAACAACCAAGCGUUGAGACUGUGUCUUGGAACAAAAACGACGGGUGCAGAGUUUGGCGCAAUCUCUGCCCUCAGCAUCAACAACGAUUGCUCAAGACUUCUCUGUGGCUUUGCCAACGGACAGAUGACCAUGUGGGAUCUGGCCAACGGGAAACUUCUUCGAACUAUCACAGACGCGCACCCUCCGGGCACAGCGAUUCUUCACGUGAAGGUAAGCGGCUGUGGAGAAAAACCAUGCGCUCCGUUUUGUCUGCACGAGAGGGAAUGUUCAAACAUGUCAGCAGUAGUUGCAAGCAGCGGCCAAUCAUUUCCGUGCCAAUGUCAAUUGUUGAUGGCUUAUUUUGGCUUUGAUCACGUGUUCCCUUCUUUUUGCUCCAAGUUCACCGAUGACCCAACUCUGGCAGUAUGCAGUGAUAGCGGUGGAUCCGUUUUUGAGCUGGCUUUCAGGAGAGUCAUGGGCAUGCGUUCGUGUGACUCGAGAUGUCUCUUCAGUGGGUCCAAAGGGGAAGUUUGCUGUAUUGAACCGUUGCGCGCGUAUCCAGACUUCAGCGAGCACCCGAUAUGCCAUUAUUCUAUGUUGGCUUUGGCUUCCCUCACAAAGAUUCUGGUUAUUGGACUCAAGCCCUCCCUCAAAGUUUGGAUGACCUUUCCCUACAGCAAGUCGGAACCAUCCAGCGUCCCGCAGCUUGCGUGGCACUUUGUGUCUGUCCAAAUGGCCGUCCACCCGUUCUUAGCUUUUUCUAAAGGAGAUACCGUCCACUUUCUCAUGAUCAAAAGAGAGGAGAUGGGUGCCAUCCAUGUCAUCAAACAGAGACAUAUUCAUCUCAGCUGUGAUAUUAUCAGUUUGAAUUGGAUCAACGGUCGCACUUUAGUCCUGGUCGACAGCCACGAGAAGCUCCAGGUUGUGGACCGUCCCAGUCAGGAGAUUUUGGAGAUUUUGGACUUGGAGCAGGUGCAGCUGGUAUACAACAGCCGCCAUUUCAAAUCGCUGGCCACAGGAGGAAAUGUUUCCCGGGCUUUGGCUUUAGUUGGAGAAAAGGCUUGCUACCAGUCCAUUUCAAGCUAUGCAGGACAGAUGGUCUGUUUGGGCACCAAGUCAGCCCAUUCCAUGACGCUCAGAACCUGGAGAGAGCGCAUCGACUGUUUGUUGAAGCAGGAACAUUUUGUUGAAGCUCUCUCGCUGGCCUGGUCCUUCCAUGAGCGAACAGCUAAGGCUGUGAUUGGCUUGUGUGGAGAUCCUGUGAAAAGAAAGGGGAUUGUCGGUGACAAGAUGGUGGAGACACUGCUGCUCUUUGCUGAUCACGCCAUGAACAAGUGCCCCGAACAAGGCAGAAUCCAAGUGAUGGAGCAACAUUUUCACGAUGUGAUUCCUAUACUGAUCGAUUUCUGCCUGUUGUUACAAAGGCCCGAUCUACUAUUUGAGCAGCUUUACGCCGGGCUCGCCGAGAACGUGGUCGCCAAGGGUGUUUUCCUGGAAUCGCUGGAGUCCUAUGUGGUUACGGAGCGACUCGGUCACCUCCCCACGCCUAUUCUGAAGGAUCUCCUGGCCCAUUACCACAGCAAUGCUUUGAUGGACAACUUGGAGAGAUGCAUCGUCCGUCUGGACGUCACAAGCCUGGAUAUACAGCAGGUGGUUCAAAUCUGUUGGGAAAACCAACUGUACGAUGCUAUGAUCUACGUGUUCAACAGUGGCAUGAAUGACUACAUCACACCAAUGGAGAAACUUUUUGCUGUGAUUGGUCCACCGCUUCGGGAGGGAAGGAGCUUAACAGCUGAACAAGUGGUGAUGGGAAACAAACUUUUGGUGUACAUCAGUUGUUGUCUGGCAGGAAGAGCAUAUCCCCUGGGAAACAUCCCCGAGGAUCUUGUGGUUCAGGUCAAGAUUCAGGUAUUUGAGUACCUGAUUGUGCUCCACACAGGGGAGUCCUCAUCCUCAUCUGAUGCUUACCCUCUUAUUCGUACCCUCCUCCACUUUGACACUCGAGAAUUCCUUAAUGUGCUCGCCAUGACAUUUGAAGACUUUCAAAAUGACAAGCAAGCCAUCGAGUACCAGCAGAGGAUAGUGGACAUUUUACUUCAGGUGAUGGUGGACAACCCAGACUUUACACCGUGCCAGGUGGGCGGCCUUUUUGCCUUUUUGGCCCGGCAGCUGUCCAAACCGGACAACACGCUUUUCGUCAACAGAAGAUUAUUUGAUCAGGUGUUGGAAUUCCUCUGCAGACCAGACGACGUCUCUCGACACGCUGAACGACAGCAGGUUCUGCUGCAGCUGCUCCAGGUUGGAGGAGUGGUCCAGUUUGAUGAAGAAAAGCUGUUGACUUUGUCGCAGAGAGCCACGUUCUACCAAAUUUUGGAAUUUCUCUACGAGAAGAAACGUAUGUACGACAAGACCAUUGACUGCUACCUAAAAGACCCUCUGAGAAAGGGCGAGAUCUUCAGCUAUAUGGAGCAACUGAUGUCCAUGUCAAGCCACACAUCCCAGGAGAAAGAGACCAUGAAGAAGAAAACGCUCCGACACAUUCAGGAUCUGAUCAUCUUUGAUACGAGCAAAUCCGCCGACCUGGUUGUGUGUCACUUUGCUGAAGAAGUGGAUCAAAUUCUUUGCGCUCUUCCGGAUGGCAAGCUGCUUUUCAACUUUUUGACCUCAUUCAUGGAGUCAUGGGAGCGUCAUUAUCCAGGCACCAGCCUUCCUCUGGAACAUGAUCUUCACACGCGUCUGCUGGACUUACUGUGCCGCUUUGCCCCUCAACAGCUCUUGGCUUUCCUUCAAAGCUCACAGCAGUACAGAUUGGAGGAAGCGAUUCAAAUCACGGAGAAGUACCGUCACAGCGAAGCCACAGCCUAUCUGCUUGAGAAGAAGGGAGACUGCAAUGGAGCCUUUGCAGUUUUGUUGGAGGCGUUCAAAGAGCAGCUUUCACUACUGACCGCUGACACCAGCAGAGGGCCGAAGGAAGACGACAAAGAAAACCAGUCCGUGGUAUUGAAGAGCGUGGAACAUUCCCUCGAUACCAUCGUUGCUUUGGGUCGGCGCAACUCCAAGAAACUCCAGCAGCCGCAAAUCAAGGAGCUGUGGUUUUCAUUAUUGGAGACAAUGAUGACUCCCCAGAAACAGGUCUUAAAGGAUCUGACAAUGAACGUUCUCAACAGUAUGAGCAGCUUGGUUUCAAUGCCUGCUAUCAUCCAGCAGAUACUGCAGAGUCCCGUUUAUGAGAAAGGACAACUUGCAGAGAUCCAAGUCCUUAUCCUUGGAAUGCUUGACACCUUCAACUAUGAACAGACUUUAUUUGAAACAACAACGAGUCUGUUAAAUCAUGACCUGCACUGGUCCUUGGCUCAUCUGCGCACGGCCGUCACAAAGGGACUCCACCCCAGACAAGACUACUGCAACAUUUGCCUGCAACAGUACAAGAGGUGGCAGGACCCAGCUGAGCAGAUCCUUUUAUUUAGCUGUGGUCACCUAUACCACAUUCAGUGCAUGCAGCAGCAGCAAACUAUGGACUGUGGCUUGGGAGGUGCUUCAGAGCAGCAGCAGCAGCGGCGGCGGCAGCAGCAGGAGCAGCAGCAGCAGCAGCAGCAGCAGUGGAGCUGCUACAAGUGUUCCACCAUCCAUCGAGGAAAAGGCGGACAGUAUAGUGUACCAAAGAGAGUUCGGAGUACAUCCCUUGCACAGACUCGACUUUCAUCCCUGCAUCACGAGGAAGCUCGUCGAAAGAAGGUUUUGGAGGAGGUUACGCUGGAUUUUCAACAAGAGCAGUCGUGGGAUCAGCUGCGUUGUUUAUACAAAGGACCAUCAAGGUUGGCCAUCCUGACGGAGCUCUCUCAGCGCCACAGCAGUGAUCGAGCAGGCACACUCAUUCAAGCUCAUCCGGCACAAGAGGCUUUGAGUCUUAAACUGUCUCCUCCACCUCUGUUGGAAGAAUAGCAAGUACACGCAACAUCACGUGAAAAGGGCAAAGAGCAUGAGAGAAAGAAGGCAUCAACGCAGCAUCCUACAAGACAGCGCCAUGGAUCAUGGUUUACCUGGUCACCAGGCUCAACAGUAACUGCCACCACCGUGCCGGGCAUUGGCGACCGCAGGAUGCUGCUGGUGUCCUCGGGAACUUUAUCUGGCAUGUAAGUGUUUAACUUGGCAGCCAACUUGGACAGAAUGCGAACCUUGAACUGCAGAAAUAGAAAAGGUUUGAACACAAUUAAGGUUGGAAUCAGUAUCCUAUGAAUAAUGUCAACUGGAAACAUUCAUCCCACUUUUGACACUUAUGUGGAUCUCUGCACGCAAUUCCAAAUGACCUCCAUUGCUAAGGGCAGAUAGCAUCAAUUAAACCUCAACAAAAACAAAGCAGUGGUUCCCAGCUUUUCUAAUCCUUCAAUCAUGACUGACAUUCCCAGCAUGCACAUUAACAGAUACAUUUCAUUGAGCUGAAUACAUCAAAUGAAGACAAAUGUCAA